GCGAUCUUCUCGCGAUCUCCGCACCGCGCACCGACGUAGGUGCGUGCUGUGGCAGUUUAGUUCGCGUGAGCCAACGCAACGGUGCAUUUUAGAAACUGGUUCCCGCCGCGCGUUUUCGUGGGCGCAUUUUGAUCAAUUUACAGCAACAGCAAGGAGCGACCGAGCGCGCCGGAGGAAGCAAAAAUGUCAAACCAACCCGUCGUCAGUUGUUUGCCUGUCAGUGCGAACAAAAUGUCGAAAGCGAAGAAGGUGCUGGACGAAGCGCGCGAGACCAAAAAUCGCGAAAUUGACCUGGUGGAUCGCAACAUUUCCAUCUUCGAGGAGCUGCCCGGGCUGCUGAAUAUGCUGUUUGUGACCAGAAUAACGCUGAGCCACAACAAACUAAAGACCGUUCCACCCGGUAUUGCCAACUUGAACAACUUGGAAAUCUUGAACCUUUCCAACAACCACCUCGAGGAGCUGCCACUGUCGCUUUCGUCCAUGCCGAAGCUGAGAAUUUUGAACUGCUCAAUCAACCGGCUCAACACGCUGCCGCGCGGAUUUGGCGCCUUUCCCGUGCUGGAGGUACUCGACCUUUCCUACAACAAUCUGAACGAGCAUGUGCUGCCGGGCAAUUUCUUCAUGAUGGACUCCCUUCGCGCGCUCUACCUUGGCGAUAAUGAAUUUGAGUAUUUACCCAAGGAGGUUAAAAACUUGAAAAAUCUACAAAUUCUCGGUUUGCGGGACAACGAUUUGCUGGAGCUGCCACGCGAGAUUGGCGAGCUGACGCGUAUCCGCGAGCUGCACAUUCAGAACAAUCGGUUAAGUGUGCUGCCGCCCGAGAUCGCUAAUCUGGACAUGCCCGGACCGAAGUCGGUGCUGAAGAUGGAGGAGAACCCGUGGGUGACGGCGAUUGCCGAACAGUACCUCGUGGGCAUUAGCCAUGUGCUCGAGUACAUCAAGACGGAGGCGUACAGAAUCCUCUACAAUCGACAUAUGCAGGCGGGUGGUAAAACGGCCGGCGAUCUACCACCGAAAGCGGACAAAAGUAAAAAAGCAUCCCGGGCACGGUCGUAAUCGGAAUCGUUGAAGGAUUUUGUAACUUUAUCCCAGUGCCAGUUGGCUGAUGGAUGUAUGGACGUUGUGGAAGUGAACAUUCGGGUUCAUUCGAGCGUUCCAAAACUAACCCGCUACUAAGCCUUGUGUCGUAGUGCCUGCCCCCGGUUCGAUGCCUUCGUUGGAAGGGGUUUUUAAUUGUUUAACUAUGUAAUAACACAUGGAGCAGAUAGUUUGUUAAACUAAUUUAAUUAACUUAAACUACCGACAGCACAAAUGCACCCAUUCUUUGUGCAAGUGCCUUUACAAUGCUAACACACAGACACACUCACAAAAAGUGAACAAAAGUGUAAUAACUAAGAAGAAAAAAAAUGGCAAUAAAAAUGGUAAUAAAAUUGAUGUGUUCUCACAAACUAAUUUACGAUA